AUGACAACUUUAUACGGGAACGACGAUUUUACUAUUUUGAGAAACAUGUCAACUAGUCAAAGUACCCAAUCAACCCAAGAUACUGCAACCACCUCUUUUAUGUCCACUUCUAGUAACUUUGAGCUCAGCGAACUGAAAAAAUAUCGCCAGUACUGGUGGAAAACCGGAAAAUUACAUUCGAAGGCCAGGUGGGAAGAGGCAACUUUACCAUAUGAGCUAACUACUGAGGUACCUUUUGAUACUUAUGUCGAACGUACGGAUAAAUAUAAUAUUCACGGCUGGUGGGAGUGGAAAAAUGGAACCGUCAUUGUCAUUGAAUUACCUACAAAAUUUCACGAGCGUUGUGUUGGUGCCAUAAUCCGUGAAAUUAAUCUGGUAACUGGGGGUGUGAGAAGCACUAAUGUCGACAUUCUUUAUGAUGGAGCUACAACAACGAAAACUCCUAGAACGGGAAAAGAAGCGGAUGCAUCUUGGUUACCAGUAUCGAAACCCCGAUUAAUUCGGGGCGGAUGUGAUGAAAGUGGUACUCAACCAUGGUCGAAUCUAGUAGUAGAGAUUGCGUAUUCACAAUCUGAAGCGGAUGUCAAAAAUAAAGUCGAACAAUACUGGCUUCAAGGUGGUCGAGCCCAUGACGCUAUCGCCAUUAAAAUAGAGGAGCCUAUCGCACCUGCUACAAGGCCUUCAAUAAUGACGGCCUGGCAUUAUUGUAUAAAUAAUCGAACAGCUAUCGGUGCAUUAAAUCCCACGAUGUACGAAUUUGGAACUAUAGAUCGCAAUGGAAAUCCGAUCAUCCUGCAACCUGGGCAAUGCAUUAUCAACAUUCAAUUGGCAUGCCUUUACCACGGGGUACCAGCAAAUGUUUUGAAUCCACCGCCACCACCUCUUCCUCGGCUUCCUCCACCUAACCCCUUUGCUACUUUACCUAAUCCCAUUCCCAUUGAUAUGUUUCACGUUCAGUUUGCUAUUUUAAAUAAUUAG